AUGGGCUGCUUCACAUUUGUCAAAGUUGCGAUGGUUGUGUUCAACUUGCUUAUCUGUCUGGCAGGUAUGUGUUUGGCGGCUGCAGGGAUAUGGGUGACAGUGGACGGAGAUUCCUUUAUGAAAGUUUUGCCACCCUUCACUGAUGAUUUCCAGAGUCAUGUCAAUGUAGGAAUCUUCAGCAUCACUAUUGGAGCAGUUAUGACUCUGCUUGGACUGCUGGGGUGCUGUGGAGCUCAGAAAGAGAGCAAAUGCCUUCUUAUAAUGUUCUUCUCCAUUAUCCUGAUCAUUUGCAUUGCUGAGACGGCAGCCACAAUAGUAGCCCUGGUCUAUUCUUCAUACACUGAAAUCAUUCUAAGAGCAUGGGCCACACCUGGACUGAAGGAGCAGUAUGGGAAAGAUAAAAUCCUCACAGACUUGUGGAACUCAACCAUGACAACAUUGCAGUGCUGUGGCUUCAGUAACUACACAGACUUCUCUGAAUCCUACUACUAUAAGAAGAAUGGGGCCCUUUACCCUCCUACCUGUUGUGCAGGUCCUGAGCUCUUCCUCUGUGACGACGACAACGCAGAUUUCAGUGGUGUGGUGGGCUGUUUUAAACAAAUUGUUCAGAUCAUCCAGAGGAACGUCAACAUUAUGGGAGGAAUAGCUGCUGGAGUCACUGCCAUUGAGGUGGCAGCGAUGGGGGUGUCUAUGUACCUCUAUUGCUACCUGGAGAAAAAAGCCACCUGA